CAGUCAGUGCAGUUUCACUAACUCAACCGUUCCAUAAACAUCGUCCGUUUGGCAAAAUGGCUCCUUCAAAGCUCAAGAUCGCGCUGAUUCAGUUGGGUAGCUUCCCGACCAAACAGGCAGCGAUCGUGAACGCCCUCACCCAGAUCCGGAGUGCCGUCAAGGAUAAGGGCGCCAAGCUGGUCAUCCUGCCGGAAUGCUGGAACUCGACGUACAGUACGGAAGAGUUUGGACGGUCUGCCGAGAAGAUUCCCGGUGGGGAGACAAGUUUGGCGCUGGCUAAGGUCGCCGAAGAGCUUGGCAUCUGGCUGGUCGGUGGAACCUACCCCGAGGUGGACGCCGGGAAGCUAUACAACACUUGUGCCGUGUUUGGACCCAGGGGAGAGCUGGUUGGGAAGUAUCGCAAGAUGCAUCUCUUCGAUAUGGACAUUCCCGGAAUCUGUACGUUCAGCGAGUCCAGCGUGUUGACUCCUGGUAAGGAGUUUCUGACGUUCUCCGUCGAGGGACUCAAAAUCGGCGUCGGAAUCUGCUACGAUCAGCGCUUCCCUGAGUUUGCAGCCGUCUACCGUCAGUUGGGCGUUGACUUCCUGAUCUUCCCGUCGGCCUUCGAUACCUACACCGGGCCGAUGCACUUUGAGCUGAUUGCGCAGGCUCGCGCCCUGGACAACAGUAUGUUUGUGGCGCUGUGUGCUCCGGCUCGGGACACCACCAAGGACUACGUGGCGUACGGGUACUCGACGCUGUGCGAUCCCUGGGGAAGGGUGCUUUGCCGAGCGGGGGAAAAGCCGGAAAUUUUGGCAGCGGAGUUGGAUCUGACGCUGUUGGAAGACAUCAAGAAGAAGAUUCCCGUGCUGAAGCAGAAGCGGAACGAUGUUUAUGAGCUGGUCAAGAAGAAGUGAAGCUUGUGCCGCUGCAAAUAAAUGAAUUUUAAUCA